AUGGCAUCAAGCAGCGCCUUCGAUGAGCAGGAGCAUGCGGAGCGCAUCGCUGAGAAUUUGGCCAUCUUGGACUCUUCAGCCAACGACGUGGACAAGCGAGCGACGGCGCUAUCGCUGCUCAUCACGCGCCUUUUAACCGCACCCGUGAGUCAGCAGCAUUGCUUGCACCCAAGCCACGAGUCCGUCAGCUCAUCGUCUAGUCGCCCUUGUGAUGUGUCACCUCGAUGCCGAUGGACCGCAGGCUCCGGAUCCUCUUGCCCUGAUCGACCCCUUGCAAAAGGCGCUCAGGCACAGUCACCCCGGCCUGUUCGUUCCGGCACUCGCUUCCAUAUCAGGCCUCAUCCAGUCCAUCAGGGAAGCCUCGAACGCGGCUUCGUUGUUGUGUCGAGUCGCAGACAAGUGGUUGACCGCUGUGCUGGAGAGGAUAGGCGAUGGCAAGGAGAGGGUCAAAUCUGUCGCAAGGGAUGCGUUGGAUGCCAUUGCGGAGGCUACGCUUGCAUCGACGCAGCUCAGCGGCUCCAGCAGCAAAGAGACACCCAGCGCGGCGUUCAUGAGAGUUUUAAAAGACAAUGGACUGGCUGCCAAAAGUCCGAGGGUUAGAGAAGGUGUGAGUGGCUGGCAAGCAUUGUGCUCGCUUCACGGAAGUGUCCGCUGCUCACGUAUCGUCUCUGCCAUUGUGCAGACAACGACUCACUUGCCGAUCCUGAGGCACCAAGUGAAGAAUGCUCUGCAGCUCAAGCCGAUCCUUCCUAACCUCGUCGACCUUCUGUCCGACGCCGAUGGCCCUACUAGAGAAGCAGCUAGGCAAUCUGUCGUCGCCCUCUUCGCGCCGGCACCUGCAGCGGCCAAGACUGAUCUGAAAAAGGAGCUGGAGAGGAAGCAAGUGAGGAAGCAGACGGCAGAUCCGCUCCUCGCUUCCGUUUUUGCGGGAGUCGUUGAACCUCCUGCUGAUCUCGCGGGCGCUGAUGGGGACGCUGAGCUUCAGGCUGGUAGCGCUGCACGACCAGGCAUCUCGCGUGCCGCGCCAACAGGACCACAGACAAUGGCACGUGGUGAGCCAACGCCGUCUGCUCAGGAUGAUGUGCCGAUGGUGUACGUUGCGUCGAGGGCAGACAUUGAGCGCACGUUUGCGCCUAUGCAGGCCAUCUUUGAGGGCAAGGAGACAGAACACAAUUGGGCAGCCAGGGAAACGUCGAUGAUUAAAAUCAGAGGCAUCUUGCGCACGGGAACUGCGGAGAAAUUAGGACAGUCUUUGGCGAAGGAGAUACGAGGGCUAGGAGCGGGCAUUUGCAAAGGUGUAAGCGAUUGGUGAGAUUGGCUUGAGGCAAUUUCUUGCAUGCUGAUGAGCAUUCUUUCCUGCUGAACAGACGGCCAGCCUGCGCACCACUUUGGCUAUGCACAGCAUCAGUCUUGUCGGAGAAGCUGUUGUUGCGCUCGGAGAUGAGUUGCACGAGUCCGUAGUCGAUCUUUUCUUCACCAGUCUCUUUGGCAUGGCAGGCUUCACCAAGAAGCUGGUUGCCAAUGCUGCGCAGAGCGCAGUCGCUCUCAUCUUGCAGAACGUCUCGUAUCGAGCCACAUUCUUGGAAGCGCUUUGGGGCGGCCUACAAGAGAAAAACGUGGCUAUAAGAAGUUUUGCUUGCGUGCAUCUAUGCACUGUUCUCGAGAGGAACGCGUUAAAUCGCAAACAUCAGCUCGAAGCGCACAGCGGACUUGAGACGCUUCAGAACUUCUUCAAGAAGGCUCUGCCCGAUCCGAAUCCGGAUGUUCGCUCGAAAGCGAGGGAGGGGUUUGGGCGGUUUCAAACUGUGUGGCCGGUUGAGGCUGAACGUCUUUUGGAAUCGCUGGAUCCAACGACUAGGAAGCAGAUUGCUACUGCUGCUGCAACCUCGCAAUCUGGCACUGCAAAUGCGACGACCGCUAAGGCACGUACAGUCUCGGCCGCACCGCCUCGCAGGCCAGGCGGGCCCUCGAGCGCUCUGCUGGCUGCCAAAAGAGCUGCUUCCGAACGAAUGGCUCAGCAGAGGAAAGAGCAAGCCGAGGCGCAGGAUGCGGAAGAGGCGGAUGGAGAUUUAGACGCGCAUACUCCGCCAACCGAGCAAGCGGGAGCGCAAGCAAGCAAUUUGGCCAAGCCCGCUACACCCGGCAACGGACAUUCCAUUCCUAGCUCCGCGAGCUCGGGUAGCGCUUCGCGCUCCGUGAAGGACAGAAUUGCUGCCUAUCAAACAUCAGCUUUCGCGCCUUCAAGGGCGAGCAAAUCACCAGAGUCAACUACAGCUCGCCCUGUUGUCAGACCUGUGCGAGCUCAAAGAGCGCCUGCGGCAACGCCGGACCACGAUGAGACUGUGCAAUUGGCAGAUCUGAGUGUUGCGGACGCCUCCGUCGACCUCAUGGAAAGUGCUUCGCCUACUCCUCAGCGACCGACGAGACGCAGUUUGCUGCUCGCGCAGCGGAGUCAUGCGCAAGCGCCCCGGGAAUCGCCUGCCAAAAGCAGCGCGACGUCGAGUGAAGAUACCAAGAAAGAGCGACUGAACGGCUUGAGCGGCGACAGCGGCGACAGCGCGGCUGCUGGAAUGGCAACAGAUUCACCGCAAGCCAAGGCAUCUUCCUCAGGCACCUCGAUUUCAAUCCUGAACAACAGGCCCGGCGUGCAAGAGUGGGUUGCGAAUCUUCAUGCUGGAACUGCGGACCUCGACACGUUCAAAAGGCUUGGUGCGCUUUCGAGAGAAUACAAGUUGCCUUUGCCGGUCAGCGCGACACCACUCGACAUUGAAGCUGCGACAAGAGGCGAAGCCCUUUCAAACAGCGGAGGCGGCGCUCUUGGACUUCAACCUGAUGCUGAGCAGGACUCUGAGAGGGUCGUUGCCGCAUGGAGGGAAGCGCAGAUAUUUGAGCGUCUGUGGGAAGCUAUCAUGCGGUAUCUGAACUUGCCCAGUGCUGUGCGUGCAUGCAGCAUGGACGCUGUCAUCCGAGCAGCCCAUCCGUAGCAUUGUCUGACAUCUCGCUUUCUCUCACAGGAUGUCAACCUCACCGGUGCUGCACUGGUCGUCUUGAGACGGAUUCUGGAGAACCAGCUGCCCCUCAUUUCUUCGACUGAUAAGGAGACGCAAUUUCUGAGCCUCGUCUUUCGUCGGAGACUUGAAAAAGAAAAUGUCUCGAGGAACGCUUGCGAGUCCCUAAUCGAUGCUUGGAGCAGCGGGAUUGAGCCGAUUCUAGGGUUGGGCACGCUGAUGUCCGCAUUGGAGCCAGCGCUGCGCGAGAGCGAAGCGUCAAGAUCAGGACGGGAAAGAGUGCGCAAGCUGGGUCUGUAUGCGUUGCGCAAGCUUCUGGCUCGACUGCCUGCCGAGCUGGUGGAAGAGGAAUUGCCGAGGUUCAAAGCUUUUGUCAAAGACGCUUUUGCCGAUCCCAACACGGACCUCAGGAUCGCUGCUACGGAUGUGAUUAAAACGGCGAAUAGCAGGCUCAAGGAUCUGGACAUUCUCUUUUCGAUUCUCGCGCCUCUUGAACCCCACCACAAGGAUCUGCUGAGCUACUAUAUCGGCAAGAACGCUUGA